AUGAGCCUUACCUUUACCGAAUCGACUCUCCCGACUUGGACGAGCGCUUUAGCAGCACCCACGGCGACAGGCGGUAGCAGCGGCGAUGGGUCGGGUAGCGACGAUGACGGAGAUGCGCUGCAGCGGUGGUCGUCCCUGAUCGGCAUCAUCACGGCCAUUGUUGGCAACGUGCUGAUUGCACUCGCCCUCAACGUACAACGAUAUGCGCACACGCGGCUGCACAAAGAGCGCAAGAGGAUAAAACAGGGGGCUCGGGCAGCGCUGAAACGGGCGCAAAGCAGCAACAGCAGCAACAGCAAUGGGACCACGCAGGUUGGCGUCUACGGCACCAUCAUCGGCGACGGUGCGAGGGAUAGGGAUCGGGAUAGCAACGGCUACCAGAAUGGCGAUGGCAUCGGCUUUUCAAUACCGGACUACGACGAGCACUCGGACGACGAGCACGAAUUCCAAGAGGACGAGCCGCUGAUGGCGUCGUUUCAGUCAAGCGCAACCACGGCCAGCACCGACACCGACACCGUUCAGCCCAGCAAGUCGUCCUCAAACUAUCUCAAAUCGCCGUACUGGUGGCUCGGCCAGAUCUUGAUAACGUUGGGAGAAGCAGGCAACUUCCUAGCGUAUGGCUUUGCGCCCGCCUCCAUCGUCUCGCCGCUGGGCGUCGUUGCGCUGGUGUCCAACUGUAUUAUUGCGCCCGCCAUGUUUCACGAAAAGUUUAGGCUUCGCGACUUCUGGGGCGUUGUCAUUGCCGUGUCGGGAGUUGUGACCGUCGUCUUGAGCGCGAACCAGGAGGAGACCAAGUUGAACCCCCACGACGUAUGGGGAGCUAUAACGACGGUGGAAUUUGAAAUUUACCUUGGCAUCACGACGUUUCUCAUCAUUGUUCUCAUGUGGGCUAGCGCCAAAUAUGGCAAACGGACCAUUCUCAUUGACCUUGGUCUCGUUGGUCUUUUCGGAGGAUAUACGGCUUUAGCCACCAAGGGCGUUUCUUCGAUGCUUUCUACAAGCUUCGUAGCGGCGUUUAAAACCCCCGUCACAUAUGCGCUCGUAUUUGUUCUUUUAUCGACUGCCGUUAUGCAGAUUCGCUAUGUCAACAAGGCGCUAUCCCGCUUCGACUCGACCCAAGUCAUCCCCAUCCAGUUCGUCAUGUUCACACUGUGUGUCAUCAUCGGCAGUGCUGUGCUAUAUCGCGAUUUCGAAAAGACGACCAUGAAACAGGCCGCCAAGUUUGUCGGAGGCUGUCUUCUCACCUUCUUUGGCGUCUUUCUCAUUACGUCUGGGAGAGAGCGCAGAGACGACGACGAUGACGAAGAUACAUUAUCAGAAGCCGACGGAGUCGAGGAAACAAUUGGCCUUACGCAGCACGACGGUAGCACCUCGUCCUCUGCGAUUCCUCAGCAACAGCAGAACCGGCGCCGACUCAGUGUGCCGGCAACACCAUCUCGCCGAUCUAGCAGAAUGUCGCGAGUAAGCUUUUCCAAGGCAACGAAGCCAGACUCGGCUCAUAUCGGCAUUGAGUCUCCCGCAACUCACUACUUUGAACCAGCGCAUUCCCCAGCGCAUCUCGGCGGCGACGAGGCUCAUGUUCUUGUCAGUAACCCGUGGCAAGGCCUGUGGGUGAGCCCGGAUCCUCCUCGGGGAGCUAGAACCGUCUCAGCCGAGUCUGUCCUCACGAGGUCCGGGCUGGCUUCUACGCCUAUACAACCGCAUCCUCUUGCGUCCUUGAAAGAUGGCCAGGUGACUUCGUCGUAUUCCGUUGAGCGACCAGUCACACCCCGGGCGGCACAUAGUUCCAAAUCUGCCAACCACCGAUCAAGGCCAUUUAUUUCACCGUCACCCUUCUCCUCUACAGUUACAACAGCAGUUAAAGAUGUGUUCCUGCGGGAAAACGACAGCCCAGAAGCGACUGCAUCUUCUCUACGACGCAUACGAUCUAGCAUCCGAGCAAGCCUCUUCUUUAAUAGCGACGAUGAGGAUGGCAUCAUGCCGGAGCGCAUUGCGGAGCAGCCGAUUGUCCCGGCAUCAGACGACGAUCUGCCAGAGGCCUUGGGCGAUGAUGAAUCCGGACCAAGUGCCGACAUAAAAGUUUCAAGGGGGAGAUCACGAAGUUUAAGCGAUACAUUGGGAGAGUUUUUCCGCCCCAAAAAGCACAAGAAGCAGGAUGUGGCAGCCGACGAAGAUAGUGGCAACUUAUUAGAGAGCGACAAUGAGCAGCAAUUAAGUCGCAGUCCAUAA